UUCUCAAUUUUCCUUCUUAUAUACUGUUUUUUUUACUUCACACGUCUCUUGCCGUUUCAUUGAGUGCGACUAUCCCAACUCACGCACACACACACACCCACAUACAUUCAUCAAUGUUUAUAUUCCGGACCUAAACUAUUUAUCUACAUACUCAUAGAAAAAACAUCACACACACCCCAUCUUUCCAUCCUCGAACAAGCAACAGGGCAGCAUUACAAACUCAUAUAAAAAGAGAGGGAGGGUGAUGGUUCGUAUUUCGGUCAUGCUGGGCAUCAGCCUGUUGGUAUUCUGGAUCACAGUACUAGGGACCAGCAGCUCAUUAACACAUAACUGGAGAUCAUCCAACAGCAACAAGAAGAGCCUCUCCUCCUCACAAGUAUUCGAGCUGUUCCUCUGGUCACGAGCAGCAAACAACAAUAGUGGCAAUAACAGGGAACCCCACCAAUCGCAUUCCAAGUCGUUGGCCACAUUGCCACUGUUCGUGCGCCCCGUUGCUAAGAUUGAAAACAGUAGUGGCAGUAAAGCAUCAGCGAGUAAUUCUCACAAUAGGGUGCAGGCGCAGUCGAAACCAAUGUCCAGUUUACUGCACCAUAGGGCGACGGCAUCCAUGUGGUAUUCAGGUGGCAGCAGUGGCAGUCGGCCUACGAGUGUGAUGGCGGAGGAUACUGAUACUGUGGGUCUGUAUUUUGCAUUGACAAAGCAUGAUAUGGAUAAUGUCGUUUUAAAGGAAGAUAGGGGGGUUACAUCGAUGAUCGCUAUAUCCACGGUGUUGCUAUUCGCUACAUUCGUCGCAUUUUGAUAUAAGCAUUUUUUAUUUGUUAUGGUAAUCCAACUUGUAUAUGUAAACCAACCAU